UGAGUUUACGACUUUAAGUGGCGAGUGACGGACGGACAUCAUAAAUCCGCGGAAUAAUUUAUAAAAUACUCCAUAUCAAACAUAGAAUAAUUUAAGUAGUGAUAAUUAAAUUGACAUUUAUUACAUUUGACACAAGAAUAAUUUUUGAUUGACCGUAAACUUAGAAUUUGUGGAUGAAAUUGUUACCUAGACUGAUAAAUUAAUUAAUUUGAAUUAAAUGUUUUGAUUGGUUAUUAAUAUUUAACGAAAAUGAUACAAGAUGAAAACGGGUUGUAAGAGGAAAAUGGAGAGGGGAUUUGUUUAAAGAACAAAAUAUGAUCGCACGUGUUUUGAAGACACAGCUCAUUUUGUGAAUCGACCUCGAAUUGGGUGACUGUGUUUAGCAUUUAGUAUUAUAAGACUUAUUUACAAUAACUACAUAGUGCCACAGAGGAAAAAAUGAAGACGUUUUUGUAUAUAGCGUUUGCAGUAUUAGGGCUGGUAGUCGUAGAAAGUUACGGUCCAGGGGGUGGUGGCGGAGGUCCCGGACGAGGUUGGGGUCAUAGAGGACAUGGCGGCCCUUGGGGCCCUGGGGGACCUGGCGGCCCUUGGGGCCCUGGAGGUCAUCCCGGUCCGUGGGGACACGGCGGUCCUCACGGUCAUCCGUGGGGUCAUGGACCUGGAGGACCUCACGGCCAUGGACAUAUGUGGGGAGAUUCCGAUGAAAAUCAUAGUGGACCCGAUGAUUCUAGUGAAGAUAGCUUCGAAAAAUAUGAUCCAGACGAUAAUUGGCACAAACCUUGUAAAGGAUCAAGUUGCGGAAGACCAGACAAAACUACACAAUCAACAACUGCACCAACAAAACCCACAACUGCACCUACUAAACCACCAACGGAACCAACAAAGUCACCAACAAAAGAACCGCCAAUCACCACCUACCAUCCUCCAUUCACUUCACCAACAGAGCCACCAACCAUACCUCCUGUGACCUCAGAAAAACCCCGUCCUACAAGAACUGUACCUUCAGAACCUACAUGGCCAACUAUGCAUCCUGAUCCUCACCCUCACCCUCAUCCGCAUCCAUCUCCCACAAAAAAGGCUCCACCUGUAUGGCCCACAACAGGCACCUGGCCCACAGGACCCACAUGGCCCACACGGCCCACAUGGGAGCCCACAACUGAAGUCAUUCCUGAAACAACUACGGAUGCAGAAGAAGUAUUUACUACCUUAUCACCAGAGAUCGAAAGUUGCAUAGAGUCCUGUCCCUCAACGCCUGAGUUUAAUCCUGUCUGUGGUACUAAUGGAGAAACAUAUCCUAAUGAAGGAAAACUGUUCUGUGCUAAAAGCUGCGGAGUCAACGUAGAGAUAAGACGGAGAUCUGCUUGCCCACCGCCCAUCGAUAAUGGUUCGCCUCCUACCCAGGGGUCCACGGUUCGUCCUUCACCAACACCUCCCGUGGGCCGAACCACACCUUUCUCCGAAUUCCAACAUUGCAUGAAGAGUUGUCGCAUAACUUCGACAUUCCAACCUGUUUGUGGUUCAGACCUAAUAACUUACAUGAACAUAGAUCGAUUAAGAUGCGCUCAAAAUUGCGGUCAAGAUGUCCAAGUUUUGUGUGACAAAGCGUGUAUUGCUUGUGGUUUCGUGCCUAAAACGACGACAACAACGACGGUAAAACCAACAACAUACCCACCACCAACAAUUCCACCAUCAACUAAUCCACCACCAACAGUGCAACCACCAGUAACAAAGAAUCCAUGUGGUAGAGUCAUUCCGGAUCCAGAUGUACACAGGUGUAUUAAAAAUUGUCCUUUAACACAAGAAUUUAACCCUGUUUGUGGAACAAAUGGCGUUACAUUCAAGAAUCCUGGAUACUUGUUGUGUGCUCAAAUGUGUGGAAUUGAUGUGUGGGCAGCUAAAUUUGCUCCAUGUACCUUAGAGCCAACACCUCAACCACCAACACCUCAGCCUCCAACACCUCAACCACCGACCCCUAAGCCACCAACGACGAUUGAACCUCCACCAGUCACUCUGCCUCCUAAUGUCGUGACUUGUAUACCGAAUUGCCCCGUAACAUCUGAGUAUGACCCAGUCUGCGGGACAGACGGUCUUACUUACACUAAUAUGGGAAAUCUGGAGUGUUCUAAAUAUUGUGGUGUAGACGUGAGAUUUAAAUAUAAAUCCAGAUGUUCCGACGAAUUUGAUCUCCGACCUACCACUCCUGAGGUUGAUGGCAAUAAGGAGGUGACUCAAACUUGGAAAACAGAACCGACCACCAAUACUCCGCCAGUCACUCCCAAAUGGUCUACAACGCUAGGUUUUACCAUUCCACCCGAUGUACUAGAUGACAUAUUUGGAACAAAAAAACCACAUACAACUAAGAAUCCUGACGAUGAAGAUGAAGAUCUCGAUUUAGAUUCUAGGUUUGGUCCAGGCCAUGAAAUUAUAUCAGAUAAGUUUGAAACGGAUAAAUCUGGCAAAGUUGAAUCUAACAAAGAUGAGACUGACAAAAAUAAAGUUGACAAAGAUAAAUUAGAAACAGAUAAGCCUGACCAAGAUAAGUCUGACAAAGAAAAAGAACAAGGCAGAAGCAGUAGUAAUAUAACAUUCCCCGAAUAAAGACUAAUUAGACUUAAAA